UCCCUUUCAAUGACUUCAAUGUGUCUUUAGGUUUAUUUAUACUUUCAACUGGACAAUGAUGUCACAAAAAUAACACAAUCAUCACCGGCAGUGAACAUAACUACUACAAAUAUUUGUAUUGACAAUCGUUGAUAUUGAUAGGAUAGGGCGAUGGUCAUUGUCUGAUUGGAUCAUCCCACUUUGUCAUCUCCACCGAUCGUGUGUGUUCCAUUAGUUUUGUCCUUUAGAUACUAACAUAUACACAAAGAUGCUGAAAACAGUAGAUUGGAGUUUCUUACCGCUACUGAUAGGAUUAAUUACAGUGAAGUUUAGUCUCCAAGAUGACCUCCGAGACUGCCCACCAUCUUUGCCGAGGACAAGUCAUUUGAAAUCGUACGGAAAUGUCUGCCUGGUUUUCGUUACCAGUAAAUAUUCCUGGACCGAUGCCAGCUCUCACUGUCAUCGUCAUGGCGGUCGUCUGGUCAAGAUUGAGAAUUUACAGAAACAGAAUUUCGUCUACAACACACUUAAAGCUUUGCAUUGGAAGGAAAUCCGGGUGUGGAUAGGAGCCAAUGAUCGUGCAAGCGAAGGCACGUGGAAGUGGACUGACGGUUCCAAACUCUCAUACUCAAACUGGCAUCAGGGUGAGGGACCCUCUCACAGCGGGUUCCUCUUCAACGCAGGAUACGAGGACUGUGCUAUAAUGAAGCUCGAUGACAGAGGACGAUGGCAUGACUAUGACUGCGGGGGAGUUCUCUUCCUCGAAACAUCUGUCUGUGAAUAUAAAAAGGUAGUAAGACCCACAACAACAACAACAACAACAACAACGAUGAGAACAACACCGACGACGACGACACCAACAACGACAACACCAACAACGACAACGAUGAGAACAACACCAACGACGACGACACCAACAACGACAACACCAACAACGACUACGAUGCCGACUACAACGAAAAAAACCUGCUCGUCUUUCCAUCCGGUUGCCUCCCUUGUAAAAUUCUACAGGAAUUCCUGCCUCAGGUUUGUCAGUGGAGACAAGUCUUGGAAUGAUGCGGACACUGACUGCAGGAGACAUGGAGGGUUGUUGUUACAGAUCCACAGCCAACAGGACCAGGACUUCGUGUAUGAGAGCCUGAAGUCCCUACACUGGAGUGACUCGGGGGCGUGGAUAGGGGCUACAGAUAGUGGUAGUGAGGGACACUGGAGAUGGAGUGAUGGUUCGCGCGUUAAAUAUGGACACUGGAGCCCUGGUGAAGGGCCGUCUCACAACGCCACUAACGAGAACUGUGCCAUGAUCAGUGUGGAUGACGGGAUGUGGUAUGACUACGAUUGUACAGCCGUUAUCUACAACCAGGCCUAUAUAUGUCAAUACAGACAGUGACAAUAUAUGUCAAUACAGACAGUGACAAUAUAUGUCAAUACAGACAGUGACAAUAUAUGUCAAUACAGACAGUGACAAUAUAUGUCAAUACAGACAGUGACAUAUGAAGUGGUUACUUCCCUUUGAUAAAUACGUAAUCGAAACAAAGAAGAAUUAUCAUUGUAACGUAGGUAUCUCUCCGAAAUAUAUAAAUGAUUAUGUAAAUACAGGAAUGAACAGAGUGACGCAUUUCUAAUAUGUCCAGACUGACAGUGAAUUCGGUUUUUACGUAGUUUCCUCCCUUUAUAGAAUUAACAGAAUGACUCUCCUUUAAAAAUAUGUAUCCCCUUAUUUAUCAAUUUGAAUUUGCUUACCUCCCAUUAAUAUAUGUAUGCAUACAUGUAUGUCGGUACAGACAACUAUUAAGUGACGUAGUUACCUCCCCUUAAUAUUAAUGUGACGUAGUUACCUCCCCUUAAUAUUAUUGUGACGUAGUUACCUCCCCCUAAUAUUAACGUGACGUAGUUACCUCCCAUAAAUAUAUACAUAUGUUGAUACAGACAACUAUUAAUGUGACGUAGUUACCUCCCAUUGAUAUCAAUAUGACGUAGUUACCUCCCAUUAAUAUUAAUAUGACGUAGUUACCUCCCAUUAAUAUUAAUAUGACGUAGUUACCUCCCAUUAAUAUUAAUGUGACGUAGUUACCUCCCAUUAAUAUCAAUAUGACGUAGUUACCUCCCAUUAAUACCAAUAUGAGUAGUUACCUCCCAUUAAUAUUAAUAUGACGUAGUUACCUGUCAUUAAUAUUAAUGUGACGUAGUUACCUCCCGUUAAUAUCAAUAUGACGUAGUUACCUCCCAUUAAUAUCAAUAUGACGUAGUUACCUCCCAUUAAUACCAAUAUGACGUAGUUACCUCCCAUUAAUAUUAAUAUGACGUAGUUACCUCCCAUUAAUAUUAAUAUGACGUAGUUACCUCCCAUUAAUAUUAUUGUGACGUAGUUACCUCCCAUUAAUAUAUACAUAUGUUGAUACAGACAACUAUUUAUGUGACGUAGUUAUCUCCCCUUAAUAUUAAUGUGACGUAGUUACCUCCCAUUGAUAUAUACAUAUGUUGAUACAGACAACUAUUAAUAUGACGUAGUUACCUCCCCUUUAUAGUCAUUUGUCACACUGCAAAAGAAAAUCUAAAGCAUUAAUCUGAUCGGGAAAUCACCCAGCGAUGAUUUUUUUUUUGUAUUCUGAUUCGCGCAGGUAAUAAGAGUCGCGCGCAAAGAGCAAUAACUCCCAUACCAAUGGCGGAAUAUGUACGGUUUACUAACCAAUA